AUGACUGUAUUUUUUUUACAGAUGAAGAUUAUCAUGUUUUUAGUGUUGGUGAUUCUGUUAUACAGCUGUAUGGAGCCAGUCACAGCGCAAGGGGGGAAGAAAAAGGUCCUGCGCAUGUGCAAAGGAAAAUUCAAGAAUUGUUUGACAAAUAAAAAGUACAAAAAGAACUUCAAAGCUGGAUCAAAAUGCUGUGGAAGGGCCUGGACGGUAAGUAUUGCAAGAUUAUAAAUAUCCAUUUCAUCCCAGAGACGGGAUGAUUGAGUGUAAGGCAAAGACCGGAAAUAGUUUUUUUUUUUUUAUGUUUAUCGAAUUUCCUUCUUUUCGUCAUUUUCUGCUAAACUUGAACAUCACUCUGAUUUCUUUCAAGGUUUGCCAGCUUCAUCGUCGCUCAUGCCUGAAGAUCUGUCAUCCAUCGUACCGGAAGUGCAUGUGUGGGAUGGGGUUUGGUUACUAUUGCUGAAGAAAACCGCAGACCAGAUGUAGCAAAGGAUCCUCAACUUUGCAUUUCCUAAGAAAGCAUUUUAAGAUUAAGAUUUUUCGCUUUGCUUAAUAACCCGGGCCUGACGCCUUUAAAAGCUUUGCUUCGCACACUUUUUUAAUGAGCAACUGUAGACUAAAGAUACCUGUCCAAUAAAAGCGAGA